UUCCGCUUCGAGGCCGAUCGGCUUGAUAACAACGCGAGGAAGAACGAAACAAAAAUAAAUGAGACAAAACUUCAAUAGAAUUACAAGUUUAUCAGAUUUUCGUUGGAAUAAACAUGCCUGGAUUCACCUGCUGUGUCCCUGGCUGCUACAACAACUCUCAUCGGGACAGAGAGCUGCGGUUCUACACAUUUCCAAAGGAUACCACGCAAAGGGAGAUUUGGCUCAAGAACAUCUCCCGGGCCGGGGUGAGCGGCUGUUUUAGUACCUUCCAACCCACUACGGGACACCGCGUCUGUAGCGUACACUUUCCCGGUGGCAGAAAGACCUAUACCGUUCGAGUACCGACGCUCUUCCCGCUGAGAGGAGUGAAUGAACGCAAGAAUCGAAGGGGCAGGAACAGGAAAGCGUCUGCGGCGGCUCCUGUUCCAGCCCCCAGUCCAGGCAACAUUGUAAUCACCAACGUUGUUUCGACAGCCCCAGAUGCCGUUGAGACCGCUCAGAGCGAUGUAGUCACCGACAUAGCUGCUAAUGAUGGCCCUAUCCUGGUGCAGAUCGGUCCGGACGGCGAAUACCUCGGAGCAGUAAAUCCAGCCGCGCAGGGUGACGGGUCCUGUUUUACUGCAGUCGUCUCCAGCUCCACUGACCUGGCCAGGGGCGACGAUCCUCCUGCAGACUCCGCGGCCACUGCCCAGCAGCAGACUGUGCAGUACUACAGCGUUGUCAGCAACCCGCUGGACCACGCGUACUCGCUGACCACCGGGACCACCUCGGCCGAACUGCUUCGGAAGCUGAACGAGCAGCGGGACAUCAUCGCACUCAUGGAAGUGAAAAUGAAGGAGAUGAAGGCAACCAUCCGCCAGCUGCGCGUGACCGAGGCCAAGCUACAGGAGGAGGUGCGCGAGCGGGACCGUUUGCUGUCGGCAGGAGCAGCGGUAAAGAAAAUGUGACCAUCAUCCCCACCCAAAUGAUGGAUAACUAAAGACCGUCGCGACCUAAGACUCUAACGUGAGAUGAAGGGGUCCGUGGAGAACAGAGCAAACCCUCUUUUUUACGAAAGCGAUGAGAAUUUAUUUUCAAUAGAGGGAUAGCAACUUGUUGGUCUACUAAUGCUAUUUUUGGCUAGCUAGUUGAUAGUAAUAAUCCCAUAGUUGCCUAUAAAACAUUGCCCAGUUUAGUCCACCCAUGUGUUUGCUAAGUGCAAGCAGCCUUUUAGGAGAGUGUAAAAUCAUUGACGAAUGAGUUCUUGUGGAUCGCCUGGCUGCAACUCUGUAGCCUACUUUCGACAGAACAUUUAAAGGGAGAUUGAAUUAUUAGGCCAUUGUUUUGUUGUUAAGCUGUUUGUGUUUGUAUGUCAGUGUCUGCAGUUGAAUUCUCCUUGCAGUAUAUUAAACACCAGCUUUUCAGCUCAGAGGCCAUCCUCCAAAACAAGGUUGCUUUGUGACUCUAACUGUGGGAAGAUGUGUUGUGCAUCAUGAAAGUGUGUGUGUUUAUCAGGUGCCUAUUUCCACCAGAGACCUGGCUUGAUCCAUGGCUCCAUCUGGUUGUAAGACUUUAACACCACCUAGAGGUUCACUGUGACUGGUGUCUCAACCUUCUCCUCCCAAAUGGUUUGCUACAGUAUCUGCAGUUGGCACUCACAUAUGGAUAUUAUGUUAACCUCUGACUGUUGAACUUUAACCUGACAGCAAUGACUGUUCUGAAACUUAAACCAUAUCCAUUUGAAGUAAAUUUAGACCUGGAUCAUAUCAUGCAGUUGAUGUCUAUCAUUUCUAUUCCCCUUUUCAAUUGAAACAGACAUUCUAUUACAGAAAUCCACUAAAGUGAACACCAUAGGGAUCUAGAAUCAUGACUUAAUCUUAUCUUGAUUAUUGGCCUGACAUAUGUAUGGUCAAGUUCUACAAAAAAUACCUAGUUAAGCUGCAGCUGGCCCAGAACAGAGCUGCACGUCUUGCUCUUCAUUAUAAUCAGAGGGCUAAUAUUAAUACUAUGAAUGCCAGUAUCUCUUGGCUAAGAGUUGAAGAAAGACUAACUGCUUCACUUCUUGUUUUUAUAAGAAAUGUGUUGAACAUUUCUAAUUGUUUACUUAGUCAACUUACACACAGCACUGACGCACACACUUACCCCACCAGACAUGCCGCUAGGGGUCUUGUCACAGUCCCCAGGUCCAGAACAAAUUCAAGUAAACGUACAGCAUUAUACAGAGCCAUGAGUGCACAGAACUCCCUUCCAUCUUAUAUAGCAAGUGAACAGCAAACCUGUUUUCAAAAAACAAAUAAAGCAACAUCUGAUGGCACACUGCCUGUCCCCCAUGUGAA